AUGUUUGUGCAGCUCAUAGAUGCAUAUGCUGAACUGUUGCAUGAACAACAAGAGGUGGUCAACCCAACUUCAGAUGAAGCCUCAUUGAUCUUCACGAGCAUGUGUUUGAAAGUGAUACGAGAGUACCAUCCUCGCAAAAGGAGUAAACACAUUGACGCACAUGUCAGAAACUACCAAGGAGAGAGAUACCUACUAUUCCCAUUGCAUCAUGAGUACCACUGGACGAUAGCUGUGUAUGAUGCUAAAGAAAAUUUGUGGAAGCAUUACAACUCGUUGCGCCCAAGACCAGGCAUACAUGACUCGCAUAUCGACCAAGCACAGGAAAUUAGGAACUACAUUGAGCAUGUUGUGACCGUUAUUGGCGAGUCAUCACCGCUACACACUAAGUUAGCAGGCCAAAAUCCAGCACAACCAACCAAAAGUGUUGAUGUCUGUCCUCAACAAGGCGACGACUCGUAAGCCUCACUAAAUUUUUUUUCAAAUCCUCCACAACCAUUAUGCAAAUAUUCCUG